UCUCCCUUCUAGCAUCGUUAUCCCUUCUUCUGAGCAAGUAUCAUACUGUUCACCUGGUGUUGACCAGCUUUCGUACCGAUUUGAAGAGGAGUCAUUACUCCACCACCCGCAAUGUUUAUCUCCGAUAGCAGUACCCGAGCUAUCGGGUCCACCGCCAGCUCUAUGAAAGAGACGCUCCUGCAGCGUCUCCCCGGACCCCAGCAGGUUCUCAAAGCCAUUACAGGCACACUCGGUGUCUCUUCCCUCUCAGGAUCAGACUAUUCGACUUCAGAGUCCACAUUUCAGCAUUGUCCGGCUGCCGAAUUGAGCUGCAAGACACGGUACCAUGGUCAGGAUACCUGUUGCUUCAACUACCCGGGGGGUCAGAUGCUACAAACGCAAUUCUGGGAUGCCGACCCCGCCAUUGGGCCGGAGACCGCUUGGACAAUCCAUGGUCUCUGGCCGGACCACUGCAAUGGAGGAUUCGACCAAUACUGCGAUUCGAAACGGAAGUAUAGCAAUAUCUCGUUGAUCCUGGUUGAUGCUGGCCGUGGAGACUUGCUCGACUACAUGAGCACAUACUGGAAAGACUUCCGCGGCGACGACCCCAACCUCUGGGAACAUGAGUGGAACAAGCACGGUACCUGCGUCAGCAGCCUCGAGACCCACUGCUACACAGAGUAUAUUCCCCAGCAGGAGGUUGUGGACUACUUCGAUAAGACAGCCGAUCUAUAUCGGGGACUGCCUACGUACGAGACACUCGCUAAAGCCAACAUCCUGCCCUCCUACACGAAAACCUACACGCGCCGCGAAAUCGAGGAUGUGCUCUCUCAGACGCACGGCGCAGAGGUCACGAUCCGCUGCCGCCACGGAUCCUUGAACGAAGUAUGGUACUACUUCAACGUCGCCGGACCCCUCGUAUCCGGGAAAUUCGUCCCCUCAGACCCAGACGGCCAAACCUCGAACUGCCCGGCCACCGGCAUCCGCUACCAGCCCAAAACCCCCCGAAACGGCCACGAGCCCACCCAUACAACCACCCACAACCCAUCAGAACCCACCUCUCCCCCCGGUGCCCCCUUCCAAGGCCGGGGGAAUUUAAUGAUCUCGAUGAUGGGCCAGAAAAGAGGAUGCAUCAUCAGCCGAGGAGCGUGGUUCACAUCAGGCACCUGUGCGACGUUCAGCACGAAGAAGACCUCCGACACCCACUUCACCCUCCACUCCAGCAAAGGCAACUGCGGCUUCGCAAAAGACAUCUUCACCUGCGGCGGCGCGGUGCACCAACCGCAAGAAUUCAGCGUCGACGACGGUAAGCUAGCGUACAAGGGUAAUUCGACCUUUUUCGCCGAUAAGGCUCCCAAGGGUCCGACGAAGAGUAAGGUCUUUGCGUCGCAGGAGGAUCAUCAGAUUGAGUUGGCGAUCACUUGGAGGCCGGACUAUUGAUCUUUGGCCUGUGACUUUUUGUCUUUGGAUUUAGAUUGCAUAUCUCUUUGUUUAUGGGGUUAAGUAGGUAUAUUUUGCGAUUUGUGUUUUUGAAUAUAUAUACUCGGGUGUGCAGUACUUACGUACGUGCUACCGGAGGGUUAGGCAGGGGCUAGAUUAGAUAUAUAGAAGUAGGCA